UCGAGAUGCCAGGCUCUUUAUAAAGGCAGGGACAGAGACCAGGACACUAAGAGUUGAGAAAAGCACCAGUCCAAACCCUACCAGCAGACUUUCAGAGCGGAAGUACUUCCUCUUGGACAUCACAGGACACAAACGCAACCAUGAUCAAGAUUUUCCUCCUUCUGCUUCUGCUUGUCGGAAUAAAAAGUCAAGUUACUGAUGAUGGUGGCGGCGGCGGUGGUGGCGGCGGCGGCGGUGGAGGCGGCGGCGGAGGCGGCGGCGGAGGCGGCGGCGGCGGCGGCGGCGGUGGCGGCGGCGGCGGUGGCGGCGGCGGCGGCGUAGUCGACGGCGUAGAAGAAGGCGGCAGCGGCGGGGAAGUUCUAGCAAACGUCAAUGUUUUGUUGGACGAAGGCGUUGAAGUUUGCGUUGGGCUUCGCGAUCCCGAAGUAGAUGACGACCGCCACAUUAUUUUCAAGGUUGUUGAUGGUGUCGUCAAAUUAAGUGUGUCCACCAUCCAUUAAGCCGUCAAACUCUAUUAAUUUAGAAAGCGCUCAGCAGUUUAUCUGAAUUAGAACUGCAGCGAUAUUAGUUUGACAUUUACUUCUGACAUCGUGUUCCUGUUCUACCUUUCUAACUGUCAUUCUAUUAAUGACCACUGGGGGCAGUGUGGUUGGGAAGUGGCGAUUUAUGGUGAUGUGGGCGGUAUAGCUCGGUUGGUAGAGUGGCCGUGCCAGAAACUUGAGUGUUCCAGGUUCGAUCCCCGCUUCCGCCAUCCGAGUCUCUGCCGUUGUGUCCUUGGAUAAGAAAACUUUGCCCACCUGCUCCCAGUGCCACCCACACUGCUUUAAAUGGAACUUAGAUAUUGGGUUUCACUAUGGUAAAGUGCUUUGAGUCACAAGAGAAAAAGGCUAAAUAAAUAUAAUUCACAAUUCA